CUCGCGAAGUUGUGUUAGCGGAGUUUCGUGGUACCGGAAAGUUCAACUCGAAAGCUGGCCACAAAAUGUCCAGCUUAGUACGAAUGAGCAAUGCGCUGCUGUUGCGCAACCUAGCGUACCAUUCGCUUCGCAGUGCCCGGUUGAUUUCGUCGUCGCAGAAGAACCGCGAUGCUGCCACAUUGGACAUCCCGAAGAAGGCGGCUGCUCCUAGUCCGGCGGCCGCUGCUACAGCCGGUGCUACCAAGAACUGGGUCAGCUAUGGAUUCGACCGGAAAGACCAAACAAACGACACCAGCGCCAUGAAUGCUUCGUUCUUCUUCGCCGUCACACUCUGCCUAGUACUUGGAAGCGCCUACUGGGCAUAUGUUCCAGAUCCGCAGCUGCAAGAUUGGGCGCAACGCGAAGGAUACCUCGAGCUGCGACGCCGGGAAGCAGCUGGGCUGGAACCAAUCAGUAAGGACUUUGUCGAUCCUGCCCAAAUUGUGCUGCCAUCAGAUGAAGAGCUUGGCAACACCGAAAUCAUCAUCUAAUUCGUGGGGCGGCCCAAUCGUGCAGGUGCAGAAUCGUUGGAUUAUGUAAUGGCCCCGUUCCACAGUGACUAUGAGUGGAUUAGCGUUUCGUUUAUACAUAACCGUGGAUCGGAAAAGAACUUUCGAUUGCUGUAGCAGCUCUUGUGGUACGCGUGAUGCAACUAAAUACUAAAUAAAUAGGAAAAAA